CGAGCGCGGAGGGCGGGCGGGAGGCGGAUCCUCCUACCUGGGGCGCGCUCGCUCCCUUGCAGCUCGCUGGCCGGGACCGCGAGUCACCUGGGGAGGCCGACAAGUGCGGACACAUUGGCCGCCGCGGCGCUCGGCGAAGCGCGCACGGCCCCGGGCGGCUGCGCCCAGUACAGGCAGCGCCUGCCCAGCCGCCGCGCUCGGGCCCGGUCCCCGUCCGCGCUCGCGGGGCCCGGCGAUCGCUCGGCCGUGCUCCGAGGUUGCGGCCCCCAGCCUAGGUCACUCCCCCAGGCGCGAGCGGCGGCGGCGGCGGCGGCGGCGGCGACCCGAGCUCACCAUGGUGGCAGCGCGCGCCGAGUGCCCGCGCGUCGCCAGUCGCCCCAGCCGCAGCGCCGGCUGAAGCGGUCCGCCGAGGCCUCCCGCCCCUGCCCGCUCCCCGCCCCGCCCGCGCGUCCCCACCGGCCGCCGCUGUCUAUGGCGCAGCCCCCCUCCCUGGAUCAUGCACAGAAACUUUCGCAAGUGGAUUUUUUACGUGUUUCUCUGCUUUGGCGUCCUCUACGUGAAGCUCGGAGCGCUGUCCUCGGUCGUGGCCCUGGGAGCCAACAUCAUCUGCAACAAGAUCCCCGGUCUGGCCCCGCGGCAGCGCGCCAUCUGCCAGAGCCGGCCCGACGCCAUCAUCGUGAUCGGCGAGGGUGCGCAGAUGGGCAUCAACGAGUGCCAGUACCAGUUCCGCUUCGGGCGCUGGAACUGCUCCGCGCUCGGCGAGAAGACGGUCUUCGGGCAGGAGCUCCGAGUAGGGAGCCGUGAGGCCGCCUUCACGUACGCCAUCACCGCAGCGGGCGUGGCCCACGCGGUCACCGCCGCCUGCAGCCAGGGCAACCUGAGCAACUGCGGCUGCGACCGCGAGAAGCAGGGCUACUACAACCAGGCCGAGGGCUGGAAGUGGGGCGGCUGCUCGGCCGACGUGCGCUACGGCAUCGACUUCUCCCGGCGCUUCGUGGACGCGCGCGAGAUCAAGAAGAACGCGCGUCGCCUCAUGAACCUGCACAACAACGAGGCAGGCAGGAAGGUCCUGGAGGAGCGCAUGAAGCUGGAGUGCAAGUGCCACGGGGUGUCGGGCUCCUGCACCACCAAGACCUGCUGGACCACGCUGCCCAAGUUCCGCGAGGUGGGCCACCUGCUCAAGGAGAAGUACAACGCGGCCGUGCAGGUGGAGGUGGUGCGGGCCAGCCGCCUGCGGCAGCCCACCUUCCUGCGCAUCAAGCAGCUGCGCAGCUACCAGAAGCCCAUGGAGACGGACCUGGUGUACAUCGAGAAGUCGCCCAACUACUGCGAGGAGGACGCGGCCACGGGCAGCGUGGGCACGCAGGGCCGCCUGUGCAACCGCACGUCGCCCGGCGCGGACGGCUGCGACACCAUGUGCUGCGGCCGCGGCUACAACACGCACCAGUACACCAAGGUCUGGCAGUGCAACUGCAAGUUCCACUGGUGCUGCUUCGUCAAGUGCAACACCUGCAGCGAGCGCACCGAGGUCUUCACCUGCAAGUGAGGCGGGUGGCCACGGCCACGGCCACGGCCACGGCCGCGCAGGCAGGCAGGCAGGCAGCCGCCCACCGCCAUCGCUUUUGCACAUGGGUUCCCCGCCUUCCCCGCUCCGUGCGGCCGGCUGGGGCAGAGGGGGCUGUGGAAGGUGGGGCUCCCACGGGGCUGUCACCCUCUCCCCGUUGCCAGCAGCUCCUUCCUGCCACUCCCGUCACUUCCUGUGGCGGAACAGCGCCCGGGACCCAGCUGCCCCCUCCUCCUCCUCCUCGACGGGGCCGAGUGAAUUGCCUUUCUUUUCUUCGGGACAGGGACACACGUCGUACCCCCGGAAAGCAAAGCAACCAUGAGACUCUGAGGGUGUCCCUCCCCCCACUGGCCCCCUCCCCCGCUCCCCAGCCUUGAGACUGUUUCUCAGGCCACAGCAGCCCCUGGGCCCUGGGGCGGUCUGGGCAGACGCCGAGAGCGGCUAUUUAUGUUGCCAUGGCAUCCGAGGAGGGCUCCCAGCGCUCAGGCACAGCUGGUCCUCGCUCUGCACUCUGUGCUCCGUGCUCGCGCCCCCUCUGCCGCUGCCUCCUCUCCCGGGCCGAGGGGGCGUCCCUGUGCACGGCGCCCUCCCGCAUCCCGCCCCGGGUCCCCGCGUGAGCUGAGCGGGGGCUUGGUGACCAACGUGGCCCUGAGAGGGCCUCCGAGGACAGCUCUGGACAGGGACCUCCGGUCCCCCUCUUUUCUUUUAGAAAAACUGUGUCAAACGGAUCAAAACGUCAUCUGCGUUAGGCUCUGGGAGGGCCACGUCCCCUCCCAAAUGCUGUGGCCCUCCCAGCCCCUCGCCAGCCUGGCACCUCGCCAUUUACAGAGCCACCCCACCCACCUCGGCCAGCCAGACCCCAGGACAGAGCUGGGCUGGGAGUAGUCAGGGUGUUCGCCCCAUUGGACAGAUGGGGACACCGAGGCCCAGAGUGGAGCGCUAGCCAGAGUCCCCCACAAGGGGGCCCCCGCUCCUUGAGAACCCAACUGUGCCCCUUCCCCGUGCCAGCCUCCCUGGGGUCUGCACGACCCCCUCUCCCAGAGGUGCCUGUGAGGGUUGUUGGUGGACUCCUUGCCUGUCCUGGCCCUUUCACCUUUCACCCUUCACCCUGACCCCGGUGCGGAGGACACUUGGAUCCAGGGCCUCACUGGGCCAGGCCCCCUGGACGCCGCCCACAGCGUGCCCACACCAUGCAGACCCGCCCUUGCAGUCCAGCUCACCCCGGAACCCGGGAGACAGGAGCGGGAAGGGGUCCAGCCAGCUCUGAACCCCCGUGUGGGGUGGAGAGGGGAGAAGCCCGGGCCGGGGGCUGGGCGCCGGCUCUGCUCACACUCCCACCCUUCCCCGGGGGGACGGAGGCCCAGGGGCAGGACUUGCCAGGCAGUGCGGUGUGCGGUGACGUCUGGUGCACUCUCUACUGCCCACACACCCCCACCCCGAAUCUAGGGUGUUUCUUGACCCAAGGAAAUGUUUCCCACGGUGCCCUCAGGGGCUGCCCGGCCAAGUGGGCUGGACACUCGCCUGGGGCGAGCCACAGCGUCUGGGCCUGGCUUCCCCCCCGAGCGCCCCCAGCGACACCAGGACACUCCCUUAGCUGCUGUCCUGGGACCUUCCAGGCCACCGUGAGUGCCCCCGCCCUCCCCCCCCCCCGGGUCCCAGGACACCCCGAGUCCACAGACCCAAUGUCCUCUGCCAAGGACCCUGGUUAACUUAUAUUGUUAUAUAGUGUCGAAAUGUCUAUAAUGUCCUUUAAAUUAUUGUGACCUACACUGGGUACUGGGGGAGUGGCCGCGCGCCAUCCCCUGAGACAGGCUCCUCCUGCUGGAGACAGACUCUCGGGGCCCCCGACGCCACCGAGUCCUGGGCACUGCCCUUCAGCGUCCAGUGCCCCUGCGAGGCCCCGCCCUCCCUCGCGUCCACCCGCAGUGGCCCGGCCCUUGGGAGCGGGCGACGGGGCGGCCGGAGCGGGGGCGGCGGUGGCCGCGGUGCUGCACGUCCUGCAGUGCCCACUUGGGGAGAGCUGGCGGUCUCUGACGGGCGGCGUCCGGCCCCUGGAGGGAGCAGUGGCCCCAAUAAAGCUGGAAUCAAAGACU